UGGCUGAGAUGGUCAAUGGGCUCGCACUCGCAGUGCGUGUAUUGUUACUCUGCUUGUGAACACAGGAGUGUGAACUUUACUUUGAUUUACACUUUGAUUACCCGAGUGAGUUUGUUCGGCUGCUGGUUUGCAUUGUCCUGUCUGUAUGCAGGCGUCUUUGUGUAGGGAGCCCGAUGGAGCUGGAGGGUCAGUGGUGGAAAGGAGAACUUGCAGAGGACAUCUAUCAGGCCCUGCGUUACAAAGAGCUGCGGUUGCCUGCAUAUAAAGGCCAGUCCCCACAGCUGAGCCUUAGACGAUAUUUUGCAGACCUCAUCGCUAUAGUCAGCAAUCGGUUCAAGCUGUGUCCGGCGGCCAGACACUUGGCUGUUUAUCUGCUGGACCUGUUCAUGGACCGCUAUGAUAUCUCAGUGCAGCAGCUUCACAUGGUCGCUCUGUCCUGCUUGCUUCUGGCCAGCAAGUUUGAGGAGAGAGAAGACCGUGUCCCGAAGCUGGAGACGCUGAACAGUCUGGGCUGCAUGAGCUCUAUGAACCUGGUUCUGACCAAACAGGGUCUCCUGCACAUGGAGCUGCUGCUCCUCGAGACGUUUCAGUGGAACUUGUACCUCCCCACGGCUGCACACUUCAUAGAGUACUACCUGCCAGUCGCCGUGAACGAGACGGACCUGCAUGACGGCUGGCCGAUGGCGUGCAUGGAGAAGACCAUGCUGUACAUGUCUAAAUAUGCUGAUUACUUCCUAGAGGUGUCUCUACAAGACCAUGCAUUUCUGCGAUUCGUCCCGUCCCUGGUUGCCGCAGCAUGUGUGGCCUCCUCACGGGUAAUCUUGCAUCUGUCUCCGUCCUGGCCUCCACGCCUCCAGCGUCUGUCAGCGUACACCUGGGAGCAGCUGCUGCCCUGCGUGGAGAGACUAUUAAUUGCUCAUGACAGCGAUGUAAAGGAAGCAAACAAGCAGAAAUGCCAUCAGCCGAGCUCUCAGCCAGCGCAGACGGUGUAUCCCGUCCAGGCUCCGAGCGUGUCCUUGCAUCAGUACUUGCAGCGGCCGAACACACAGUACAUGCAGCAAAACUGCCAGCCGGUGGUAGUGUCGGCUCAAGGUCCUGCAACAUACCUGACACAUACGGCCUCCACGGCGCCUCUGCGUCAGACACAGACCAUGGAUGCCAAGGUGAACGUGCCCGGCAGGGCUUACCAGGCCAACACGCUGUACCCCUGCUUUGACAGGUGAUGAACCAGGACGGGAAAGCGCCAGACCGUCCUUUCCACUGCACAGGGGAGAGUUUGUAUUUAUGUGUGCAGCCGUACACCGUAUACAAGCACACCGCUCUUAAAUGUUACUUGAAUCAAGCCACUUCAGCUGCUACAUUCUGAAUCCUUUUUAAUUUAAGUGAUUAGGGUGAAGACUAGAUGAUUUAAAUCACUGAGGUGUGGAGUCAUCCCAAAUGUGCAAUAUUAUAAUGCUGUCAUGCAUUUCCCACUGGUGUUUCAUUUGUUGUGUUAAGUUACUUAAUAAAUGAAGACAUCAUGGGAGUUUGAAGUAACUUUGUACAAGAACUUACUGUUUUAACUAACACAAGCAAGUGUUAUUUUGCUCUACCUCAUUGAAUGUAGACUAUUAUUGUCUUGCGACCUUACAAAUGCACUUUGGUAUAGUGUUUUUCUUUUUUUUUUUUUUUUUCUUUUUUAAUAAAAAUGCAACAUUUCUGUUGUAGCUUGUUUUGGUGCAUUUACACUGAGGUUUGUAUCGAUUUGAACAUGUUUAUUAUUAAAUUCACCCUUCACACAAACAUUCACAUAUGCAACUAUUUGUCUUUAUGAAUAGUUCUAGAAUUUCCCUGCAUUUUGUGUUUUGAGAAUUUGAGAAUCACACAGUCAGUUAUUACAGACAUGCAUUUUGAUUCGUUUAACUGAUGUUGAAAAGUCAUUCACGUAAACUGAUACGUUUGUUCUGAUGAUGGGGUGGGUGAUUUUUGUAGAAUAAAUGUUGAUAAAAAAGCUUUAA